GUGUCUGCGCACGCAAGGAGGAGGGUUAAGGGUGCGACUCAAUCUCGGGAGGCAUCCCGCCCGGCGCGCUCUUUGGGUUCCGAUCCAGAUCCACGCCGGGUUUUCGGGGAGCUCCGCUCCGUAGAGGCGGAGAGUGGAGAGGAGAGACGGGGAGACGGAAUAACGGUACUCAGAAGAACAGGGAUGUACAGCAAACACAGGCAGAAAAAGGCGCACAGCUCGACACCAUGCGCGGGCACCAUGCUCGUCACCGUGCUGCUCCUGUGCCUCCCUGCGGGCAGCGCGGGCGGACGCGUCGGGGAAGGGGAGCUCCGAGGACAAACCGUAGUGCCACGCUGGAUUUCUAGAGGCCGGGCUAGACGGGAGGCUGUGGCUCCACCACAGCAGGGCGCUUUCCCGGAGAGGGGAGAAGUUGUGCUCACAGCUGACGGGAGGGACCUACUGCUGCAGCUGGAGCGGAAUCAUAUGCUGCUGGGCCAGGAAUUCACAGAGACGCACUACACUGAGGAGGGCUUGCCCGUGACCCUCCGACCCAAUUAUACGGAGCACUGCUACUACCAUGGGCAUGUCUUUGGGCACUCAGACUCCUGGGUAGCGCUAAGCACCUGUUCUGGAAUCAGGGGCCUCAUUGUGUUGAACACGAACGACAGCUACUACAUUGAGCCAAACCAAGGGCUGGACUCUCUGCAUCAUACGAUCUACCACACAGAGCACCUGGCCAUCAAAGGGGGUACCUGCGGACACGGGCAUCAGACUGGAUAUCCGGGCCUCUUCUCCAGUCUCAUUAAACCUUUGCAUCAAAGGGUGAGACGCAACACAUGGGGCACCACCAAGUACAUGGAGCUCUACAUCGUGGCUGACAGUGCACUGUACAGACGUCAGAACAGAGACCUGGGCAAGACGAAGCAGCGCAUCAUGGAGAUCGCCAACUACGUCGAUAAGUUCUACAGGGCUCUGAACAUCCGAGUGCCACUCAUCGGCUUGGAGGUUUGGACCGACCGGGACCAGUGCAUUGUGAACGAGGAGCCCAAUGCCACUCUGUGGUCCUUCCUGCAGUGGAGGCAGAAGCUCAAAUCCCGCAGAAAGCACGACAAUGCCCAGCUGCUCACGGGAGUUAUUUUCAAGGGCACCACUAUUGGGAUGGCACCGCUGGAGGGCAUGUGCAGCCACGAGAACUCCGGAGGUAUCAACGUGGACCAUUCAGAGCUGCCUAUCGGGGCGGCAGCCACCAUGGCCCACGAAAUCGGGCACAACUUUGGCAUGAGUCACGACAACGAGGGCUGCUGUGUGGAGGCAACACCCGAGCAGGGUGGCUGUGUGAUGGCCGCCGCUACUGGGCACCCAUUUCCACGCGUCUUCAGCCGCUGCAGCAAGAGGGACCUGGACAGCUACUUCCAGAAGGGCGGUGGUAUGUGCCUUUUCAACAUGCCCAACAUGAAGGACCUAGUGGGGGGCCGACGCUGCGGGAACGGCUUUGUGGAGGAGGGCGAGGAGUGUGACUGCGGGGAGCCUGAGGAGUGCACCAACACCUGCUGCCACGCCAGUAACUGCACACUUAAGGAGGAUGCCCAGUGUGCCCAUGGGGUCUGCUGCGAAGACUGCAAGCUAAAGCAGGCGGGCACCAUGUGCAGGGGUCCGGCGGGGGCAUGUGACUUGCCCGAGUACUGCACGGGGGCAUCUCCCUACUGCCCCUCCAAUGUAUACCUGCUGGACGGCUCGCCCUGCCAAUACGGCCGUGCCUACUGCUACAACGGCAUGUGCCUGACUCACGAGCAGCAGUGCCUGCAGCUGUGGGGUUACGGGGCGCGACCGGCUCAUGACGCCUGCUUCGAAGACGUGAAUGCGGCAGGAAACGCCUUUGGGAACUGUGGCAAGGAUGGGCAGGGGAACUACAUGAAGUGUGACAAGAGCGAUGCUAAGUGUGGGAAGAUCCAGUGCCACAGCGCUGCCAAGAAGCCAAAGGGCACUAAUGCUGUGUCCAUUGACACAACCAUCCGCACCGACGGCAUGGAGGUCAAGUGCCGAGGCACCUAUGUCUAUACCACUCAGGACGGCCAGGGGGAUCUUCCUGACCCGGGGCUUGUCAUGACUGGGACCAAGUGUGGCGACGGGAAGGUGUGCCGGGACCGUCGCUGCCAGAAUGCGUCCUUCACCGAGCUGGAGGCCUGCAUCGCUCGCUGUCAUGGCCAUGGGGUGUGCAACAGCAACAGGAAUUGUCACUGCGAGCGUGGCUGGGCUCCUCCGUUCUGCGAGAAGCCAGGACUGGGGGGCAGCGUGGACAGUGGGCCUGUCCAGUAUGACAGUCAGCUCGGCUUGGUUGUGGGGCUGCUCUUUGCCUUCCUGGUGCUGCUGCCUGCCACCCUCCUCGUCUUUUACUGCUGCAAGGUCAAGACGUCCCCCUACCACAAGUGGUUAUCGCAGAGGGAGCACAGUCUCAAGGGGAGCCGGAAGGAGGUUCCUGACCAGAAGGUUCGAAAUGGCCAUUUGAACCCGGCAUUUCAUCUCAAAGUCGUGGGCUCAUCUGGCAAGAGCAACAACAGCAAGAAGCUUCCUUACACCAGCAAAGAGGUCCUGCCGCUCAGGCCUCCUCCCGUUCCCAACGGCAAUCAGUCCAUCAACGUAGUGCGACCUCUGCGACCUGCACCGUCCCCUGGCACCCGGCGGGACCCUGCAGCUCCUCGUCCCCCCAUCCCAUUGGCAAAACCCCCGGCCGCUCCGCCCAGGUCCCCGGAGGUCCCCCAGAAGCUCACUCCGCCCAAGAAACCCCUCCCCCUCGUCCCAUCUCGAAGCCCACUGCUGGUCUCGGAGCUGCGACCCAGGCUCUCGCCUUCGCCACCGCAGAGGCCGCUACCUCUGAACCCCACCCGCACGGCACCCCCGAAGCCCACUGGUGAAUUUUUGGUGAUGAUGCCCCCUGUUGUUGGGCCCAAGCCGGUGGGGAAGGUGUCGGCCGUCUCUCCGUUCAAAGCCCUCAAACCCAUUCCACCUCAUAAGCCCGCCCCCGGGGUGAAGCCCAAUACAGCCUCGUCUCCUUUCCAAAAAUGACCUGCAGAGGAGAGGCCGAUCAAAGGGACUGCAGACAGCUUAUUUGCACUAUGGAGCCCCUACCGAAGGGCUAAGCACCUGGGGGGAGGGGGUGGGCCUACAGAUGCCGUGCGAGUUGUAGUCCCACCCCUCCUGGGUGUCACAUGUUCCUCUCGGAGACAUCUGAGCCCAGCUCUCAAGACGACGCGGUUCUGCAAGGAGGACAUGCAGACUGAGACUUCCGACCAGGCCUUUGGGAUGUAGCUGGGUGAAGGUCUCGUGGAAAUCCAACUUCUCCACUUAUUUACUUCAUUGUUUUUCCUUUUUUUUCCUUUUUCUCAAAGCUUUGUUUUGUUUGUUUUUAUACUGUAUAUGUAAAGUGCCAAAGAGUUGACUAGUUGUUUGGUUUCAUUUCCUCAUAAUGUUUCUGUAGAUCAGUGUUUUUUUAAGGUUUGUAGUUCACUGAAUCUUCAGUUCUUUAUUUAUGUUUUUCCGUGAAGAACCUGUCCCAAUCAUGUCCAUAUAGGAAAGAAAAACAGUUUACAAAGAUUAAAAAUCUGGGAUUUCUUUUUUAAACUGUCUCACUACAGUUUGUUUUCAGUUCCAGGAAGCAGAUUAGAAAAAUGCCACGUUAUAAUCAGGCUACGUCUGUGUAGUGGUUUUUACAUCGGUUUAAUGGAGCUGGUGCAGUGUGACAACACUACGUUCUGGGACAAAUACAUUUCGGAUCUCCUUUUGAAAUAAACAUCGAUUAGGCCUUCCUGCAUUGUUCGAGUAUCUCUACCUCAGUGCAGAUGCGCUCCUCUUUGAGUGUUGGCAACAAUAAGCACUGCAGUGGCUUCCAAGGUGGCGCAAUGGUUACGAGAUAAGGUCUUCUACUGAUAUUUUUUUUUCAUUCUAACAAGCUUGCUUCAAAUCCUUUAUGAUCCCCCCAUAAAUCCAAGUCCAUUCCAUGUUCAGCCUGAGCUCAACCUUACUUUUUUCGAAUUUACCUAGGGAUCCUGUUUUGGGACCAGUUCCAACCCAAGUGCACAAUGUCUGUCUGUACCUCAAACCAAUUUCCAACAAAAUUAUACUAACUACAGCUAGACUGAUGGCAUAAGAACCUCCAUCAAUCCAUCUGUUAUCAAUAACCAGUUGUCCAGUGCAGGGUCACAGUGGUCCAGAGCCUGUCCUGGAAACAGAGGACGUGAGGCAGAGUACACCUUGGGUGAGACACCAAUGUAAUCAGUGGGAAAAUCAUGAUGUUUUCAUAUUGACCAUUGAGAUCAGGGGACAUAAAGGAUGUACUGGUUGUGGUGAUCUGGAAGAACACAAUGGUGUCUCCUCUCAGUUGCUGAGCCUGAAUUAAUUGGAUUCCUUCAAAAUGGCUCCACAGGCCUGGUCAACAGUCACACGUUUAGUUCUCAGUAUUGUCAAGACAUUAUUCUGCACUGCUUUGAACCCUUCUGCUUAGAGCUCAAACACUGCAGCGCUAUCAUCUUAAAGUCAUAAAUGCACGGUUCGGAUUUUCCUCUUCUCUCAUCCGAGACGGCAGAAGGCUUGCUGUUUGGGGCCUUAGAGUAUCACAAGCUCUUACCCCCUCUGCCUGACAUGUCGUACACAAAUCACCUGGCAAAUUGUUUCCCAGAACACUGCGGACAUGGGUACGAGUGUGAUAGAUAUGAGGAAGAAAGACUUUAUGUUCAAAUAACCUUGAGAAGAAAGUUUCAGGCACAUUCAAUGAUUGUUUCUUCCAUAGGGCUCAGUGAUGACAGAGUAAAAUGUAGUAAUGACUUCAGUUGGGCAUCAAAGGGAAUUAAAUGACCCUGAGAACCAUAGCGACGCAUCCUUCGCGCUGUUCCUUCCCGCAUCUACAAGAAAAGGAACCAUUAAAUCGGUACAUUUGUUUUUUUUUUUUUAUUUUUUUGUAAGUGACAAAAACAACAAAGUGCACCUUGUUCUGUUUCGCAGAAGAGUUUACCUGAGCUAAGUCCAUAUAAUUUGUUAGGCAAUCGUUAAGGCGUCCUUGGGGAACACCAGCUGGUCCAGACAGCAGUCUGGGACACAACCUGACAGAAUUAUAGAGCUCCUGUCUGCUGAUGCAUAAACAUCAGGUGACGUCAGUCCAGCAAACUCGCGUUCGGCCCUGUAAUGGAUUUUCGCCUGUUGCGAAUGAGGAAUCUGCACCCAGCGCACUUAUCUUGGGGGGGUAAUAUGUUUAGAGCAUCAAGGCCUCGAAUGGUAGCACUAUCGCCCAAGAGGAAUGGGCUUAUGGGGGAGAUUUAUCAAUCGAGACACUUUCUAGCCCAUUACCAGAGCGCCAAAAACAGCCAGAGGCAGAAUUUCAUGCUGACUGGGCAACGCAGCUGAAAUGAGACGCACUUGGUUUCGAGAGAUACCGCGUACGCGUUAAUUUGCAGCUCACCGUGUUCCUGGGCGGCGGAAUAAUGACGUUUUCACAACGUGCCGUCGCAGUCUCGAGAUAGAGACGCAGACAGAGCGACUCAACAUCCUUCCCAGCUAUUUGAAUCCGUUUCAUUCUUAGUUGUUACUUCUUUUUUUUACGUUUUAUUCCAUCAUGUGUGACCGAAACCUUGGUGCUGGACCUGGAGCGCAUCGGAAGACACGGCACACGUUUUUGGGGUACACUUGAGGGGAAUCGUCGACAUGGAACCCGACCACGGACUUGAUCUGUCGCCUUGGAUACGGGUGUGACUCGGCUCUGCGUUACAGCCAACAGGACUGUAUGAAACACGUUAACAGAGCAAUAACAGGUCACCCUCCUGUUCACCAUCAAGUGCUCGCACACACCUUCCUUUAUACUUGACUGAUAGGGGGUGGUGACUGUGGAAUCACGUGUCGGGCUCUGCUUUGGGAAGAAGCAUUUAAUAGUCCUUUUGUGAUGUUUGUAUUCAUUUUUGGAAAAUGUAUGGAAGCACUGCCAACUUGACUGUUGUAUAAAGAACACUGCUUUAAACUCCCCUUGUGCAUCUCCAUUCUUUGAGUGUCUGUAGUGUGCCGUUCCGAUUACGCGAGAUUCAUCGGGUCAUCUAAACACACGAUGCCACUGAGGUCAAGGCGACAGUUGGUAGGACACUUUG